AUGUCCCGGUAUCUCACACGCAGGCUAUACAGCACAUUGAAUGCAUUCAAAGUAUUCCCACAAACUUUCGUUGGCGGGAAAUGGGUUUGGGAUGUGGAUUUACGACAGCUGAGAAAAGAAUACAGGGCCUUGCAAGCCCAAGAACACCCUGAUACAAAUGCCAACACAAACUCUGGAAAAAGCUCCGAGCUGAAUCAUGCGUAUCAGACGCUAAGGCAGCCUUUAUUACGGGCCCAGUACAUUUUGAGAACACAAGCUCAACUGGAUCUGGGGAAUGAACGGAAAUCACAGGAAAUUGCACAACAGGACCCUGAACUUCUGAUGAGAGUACUGGAUGUACACGAGGAACUAGAGACACUAUCUACAGAGGAAGAUGUCAAGAAAAUUGCUUUGGACAAUCAAGGGCGAAUGAGAGACCUGGAAGCGAAAUUGGGCGAAGCUUUCAAAACGGAAAAUUGGGAGUCUGCAGCACAGCUCACUGUCGAGUUAAAAUAUUGGGCUAGUCUUGAUAAGGCUGUGAAAGAGUGGGAGCCCGGUACUAGAUUGGAAUUGCAGCAUUAG